UGAGACUCCUCACUUUACAGUCAAACAAGAGCCUCGAAGCUGUGUUCUGUACAUUAACAAAGCAGAGCCGAGUGAUGCUGGAGGUUACUACUGCAUGGAACAAAAUGUACUUGACAUGAAAUUAUUGAAUGGAACAUUCCUGAAAAUUAAAGGACCAGAACCUGAUAUAACUGCCGUCAUUCAGGUCCCUCCAUCUGACCCAGUCGGUUCAGGAGACUCUGUGACUCUGCAGUGUUCCGUCCUGUCCGACGCUGACAACCACACAUGUCCAACAUAUGACAAGCUGUACUGGUUCAGAGCUGAUGAAUCUCAUCCCAGUUUAGUUUAUGUUCAUGGCAGUAGUGGUGAUGAAUGUGACGGGAGCCUUGAAGAUCACUCACCCCACAGAUGUGUCUUCAAUUUCUGUAAGAGUUUUAGUUCCUCUGAUUCUGGGACUUAUUACUGCGCUGUGGUCACAUGUGGAGAGAUUUUAUUUGGACAAGGAAUAAAACUGGAAAAUGAAGCACUCAACAUCUGGAAUGUAAUGAAGGCCAAUACAGUUCUGUGUCUGUUAAGUGCUGCAUUGGCUAUAAGUCUGAUUGUUAUUGUCGUCCUGAUCCAGGAGAAAAUGUGUGAUUGUUGCAAAGCUGGAGUUUCUUUACAAACAGAGGCUGCAGCAGUCGUUGGUAAUCUGCCAAGUCAGCAGAGACACGAGGACUCAUUGGUGUAUACUACAGCAACCUUCAGCAGGAGGUAGGCGGGCAAAACAACCGGGAGAAGAAAUGUAAAACCUGCAUAUGGAGAAACGGUCUUCUCUGAUGUCAGAGCUUAUGCGAUAGAUUAACAGUCGACUUUCUGAUUAAAGAGCUAUAAUCAUUCAUGGCUUGAAUAUUGUCAAAAGAACAAUGAUUCACAUAAAGUGUCACAUCAAUCAAUCAAUCAAGUUUUAUUUGUAUAGCCCACAUUCACAAAUAACAAUUCGUCUCAUGGGGCUUUAACAUUGUGUGACAUCCUCUGUCCUUAACC